GCGGAACAUUUGGGCCCUCAGAAAUCGCUUAGUUUUUCGCGUGCCAUUUUGUAGUUAAGAAGGUAGGUAAAGGUAACUGCGACGCAACGAGGGAGACCAAAACUGACUAAUAAGUACCAAAUUCAAAACCGCCAUGAUCGAAGAACAGCAAGGCACCGGCUCUCCCGCCGCCAAUUGCAUCUCCGACUCCGGGGUCUGUGUUGCUGAUGAUAUCGAGUCCGUGGGACGCGCAGAUGGAGAGGUUAGUGGGGAUAUUGUUGGUAGCAAGGGAAAAGUGAAGGGCCCGUGGUCUCCCGAUGAGGACACGGUGCUGGGUCGACUGGUGGGCCAGUUCGGGGCGAGGAACUGGAGCCUCAUCGCCCGCGGAAUUCCUGGGCGUUCCGGGAAGUCGUGCCGCCUCCGUUGGUGUAAUCAGCUCGACCCCUGCCUCAAGCGCAAGCCCUUCACUGAUGAAGAGGACCGAAUUAUAGUUAAGGCCCAUGCAAUUCAUGGGAACAAAUGGGCGGCAAUUGCUAAGCUCCUACCUGGUAGAACAGAUAAUGCAAUCAAGAACCACUGGAAUUCCACACUGAAGCGCAGAUGUACAGAGCUUGGAAGGUUAAAACCGACCGGUGCUGAGAAGAUGGAAGAUGGCAGCUUUGACAGAACAAGGGUAUCUUCAGAAGAAACUCUGUCGGUGGGGGCUGUCGAUUCAUUCAAUGCCCCAGAAGGAAGAGACAUUCCAAUGGUGGAUAGACCUCGCCCUUGUGGUCAAAUGAAGGAGGAUCAUUUUGUUGCUGAAGCAAGAGAGCAUCAUGGAAUAGACGUUCCAAAAGUGGAUGGACCUCACCUAUGUGGAUAUAAAUUAGUGGAGGAAGGUCAUUUUGUUGAUGAAGGAAGAGAGAAUCCUACUCUUUCUCGUCCAGUGGCUCGUGUUAGUGCAUUCAGUAUUUAUAACCCUCCUAGUGGACCAAAUGGUUCUGUACUUCCAAAGAUAGUUCCGGCUCAAGGGCCUUUGAUCCAAGCUUCUAAACCAGACUUUGGGGUCUGCAAAUUUCUUGAAGAUGCUUAUGGUGAGCCUAUGGUGCCUUCACAAUGUGGCCAUGGUUGUUGUGCAGAUUCUAGUGGGGGCCAAUCUCGUAGUUCAUUGCUGGGGCCCGAGUUCGUUGAAUUCGCUGAGCAACCUUUCUCUAGUCACGAGUUGAUUUCAAUAGCUACAGACUUGAACAAUAUUGCAUGGAUCAAGAGUGACCAUGAGAAGAAUUGCGCCCAAAUACCAGACAACGUGGGAAGCCAAAGAGUGUCUGAAACGGCGGGUGCAGCCUCCCUGAUGGGAACAUUUGAAGUGGAACAGAGUCUGAGGAAUGAGCGCAUCUGCGUUGAAGAGGGACAGAACAGACUGAUAGACAUGAUGACAGAAAUGGUAUCUACCCAGAUGCCUAGGCAAACCUUUGGUUUGCCAGCCGAAGUCAAGGGCUUGAGCUAAAAGUCAUGCCUGGCUCUCUGUUUUGUUGCAGUACUGCAAAAGCAGGUGGUCAAAUAUUGAAUCGAAUUGAGUGGGUCGUGACAAUUGUCUGCAAAAUUAUAAAAGGCAUAAAUUUAAUAUUGUGGAGAGUGGCUUUCGCAUUCUAGGUGAAUAUAUCGAAAGAUUUUGGUUUACAAAAAUGCUGACUUGUUUCUCAAAGUAAAUAUGUAUUUUGUGGAGAGACUUUCCUCAUUGCAGGUGAAGAGAAUCAAGACAUUUUGGUUUA